GUUCAAGGUAAGAAAAUAUGAACAAGAGAGGCGGGAAGUCGUUACAUCGGCUCCAAACACCACUUUAACAGAUGCUUGGACGUUCACUUGGACCGAGGACAUUACACCGAAGAUGCCACCUAAACAACAGCUAGACAAAGCUGCCUGGCAGUGGGCAGAGACUGUCAACCCAGAGGAUGUUCAACAAGGUCACGUGGAGAUUGCCUACAGACUGAACCUCAAAAAGUGUAAGGCACAGGCCUGCAAGAGAAACUGUAAAGGGAACCCCUGCUGCCUAAAUUGUAUCGGGGAGAGAGUGUGGUUUGGAGAAAUUGACGAAAACAGCUGGCAUGAUAUAGAGGAUCCAAAUGCAGAAAGACGGGAAGAUGGCAUGUUUGUUGGGUUAAAAAACUUAGGAGCUACUUGUUAUGUGAACACUUUCCUACAGUUGUGGUUUCACAACAAGACAGUGCGACAGGCUUUGUAUAAAUACAGAGAAAUUGGACUUGACCUGGUCAAUAUAAAAGAGGACACUUGGGCUCCCAAUAGUAUUGCUGGUCACCUACAGCUGUUAUUUGCCUUACUAGAACAUUCUGAACGUCAGUUCUUGGACCCAAAAGAGUUCAUUGAACAUCUAGGUUUAGAUGCUGGCCUACAGCAGGAUGCACAAGAGUUCUCCAAACUCUUCCUGAACCUCUUAGAGGAAUCUUUGUCUCAGCAGCUGGACCCCAGUGUCCGGUUUGUCAUACAGAACCAGUUUUGUGGGGAGUAUGCCUAUGUGACAAUUUGUAGCCAAUGUGGGAAUUCCUCUCAAUGUCCCUCUAAGUUCUAUGAACUUGACCUAAGCAUUAGAGGACAUAAGACUCUAGAAGAUUCUCUUAAAGACUUCCUAAAAGAGGAAAAGCUUGAAGGGGACAACCAAUAUAUGUGUUCAGUGUGUUCAAGAAAGCAAAAUGCCAUUCGCUCCAUACAGCUUCAGAACCUUCCUCCUGUGCUUAACCUACAGCUCCUUAGGUUUGUGUUUGACAAGAAAACAGGACACAAGAAAAAACUCAACAGCUUCAUUCAAUUUCCUGAGGUCCUUGAUAUGUCCAAAUUCAUCGUCAAGAAACCUAAAAUAGUGAGACAGAAUGAGCUGGAAAUUAUAGAUAUAGACCCUGAGGAUGAGGAAAUGGACGCUAACGCCAUGUACAGCCUAACCGCAGUACUAAUCCACAGAGGCCCUACUGCCUACAGUGGCCACUACAUCGCACACAUCAAAGACAUGGAUUCACGGACCUGGUACAAGUACAAUGACGAGGAAAUCGAGAAAAUGAAGGGGUCUAAUCUGCACCUUGGUACUGAAGAUGACCCUCAAGAAGGUCAGGGUAAGCAGAAAGGGCGGAUCCCCAAAGGUAGCCAUGGGUCCAAGAAUGCCUAUAUGUUGGUUUACACUCGUCAAAAGGAAGUGGAGAACAACUCCUACAGCAAAGAGGACGGCAUUGUAUCUAGAAGUUUAAUACCUAAACAUGUGAAAGAUUAUGUGGCCUACGACAAUGAGAAAUUUGAAAUGUGGGUCGCUGAGAUGAUGCUAAUGAGAGAUCGUAACAUUGAGACUGGCAAAGAACAACAGGAAUUGACCAAGGAAAUUUACCUCAAACUUAUAGCAGAUGUUCCUCAAGAUCAGAUGGAAUGGUUAGGGAUCAAGUGGCUCAAUACAUGGUUAGAGGAGCCAUCAAAGGCAGCAGCUAUAGACAACAAAAUCUUCGUGUGUCAUCAUGGCAAGCUGGAUCCCCACUCUGCAGUCAAACUCAAGUGUGUAAAUACUGCUGGAGCUGACAUGUUGUUUAAUCAAUAUAGUGGAGGCCCUCGCCUCACAGUUUCAGACUCUCUUUGCCAUGCCUGUGUGAAACAGCAUUGUAACAUGAUGAGACUAAAAAUCAAAAUGGUUGAUGAUGAGAAAUAUCUUAGUGCCUCGAUGAAAGUAAACAAUGUUCAAACAGAUGUCCCUUCUUACUGGAUAGGGAAGGCAUCACUGAGGUGCUGGAAGAGGCUAGCUAUGGAGCGAUUAGAUGGAACCCGACGCGAUAAAGAGCACAGCGGUCAAGAGAAUACAAGUCGAGACGAAGAGGUCAAAGAGGACCUGACUGAUUCACCAAAGCAUAAUACAGAAAACAAGGAUGAAAAUCAGGACACCUUAAAAUGCUCUACAGAAGAAGUUGCAUCAUCAAGCAAUCAAAAUGGACCUGUGAAAGAAGAGGAAGAAGGUCAAGAUAUGAAUUUUAACUUUGAUGUUUUGUGUGAUCAUGACAAACUAGACCCGGACAUUUCCUGUAGAAAGCUUGUCCCAGAUCAUGUCUGGAACAGAUUAAGGCAGUACUUUCCUGACUGUCCAGAAUUUCCACAAGGCACACCAUCAUGUGACCUAUGCAACAAGAUGAACAAAGAAGAACAGGAAAAUAAGGAUAUGCACAAGCUACUUGCUACACAACAGAAAUCUCUACUCGGGGAUCUCUUCGCUGAUAAGAAACGUCCAGUAGCAUUAAAUACACCACAGGAAGUGAAUGUAGUGAGUGCUGCCUUUGUUGGAGAAUGGAGAAGUUUUAUUCGUGAGCCUCUCAAACGGGAACCAGUGAUGGAGGUACUCAACUCUACUCUAUUGUGUAAACAUUUGAAGUACUUGUACCCUCCAGCGAACUCUUACCCUGAUCUCAUUGAUCAUGGAGGCAAGGUUGUCUAUUUGUGGCCAAGAGAGUGGGACGUGAUUUCACAAAGCUUUGUUGUAGAUUAUGAAAUCAGCAUUGUGAAAACACAGGAUGAGAACGGCACAGUGAUGGUGUUCACCCUGCCCGAGGUCUGUCAGGAAUGUGUUGAUGACAGGAUGGUGAAAGAGGAACAGGCAAGAUACGAGUUCACCGAUGCAAUUAUGUACAUAAGAAAAGUCCCAAAAGAUCAAAAGCUGGUCAAUACAACAGACAUGGAAAAAGAGGAGGAUCCAGAUUUUGUCCAACAAAACGGAAACAAAUCCAGAACAAGUUUUGAAGAACCACCAGAAAAAAUAAUGAAACUUGCAGAUGGCACUCGACGUAAAAGUCAACGUCACAGAAAGUCAAGGGGUGAAAAAGAGUUGAAAGUGUCAUCGACAGACACUUUAAAGGAGCUUAAGCUACAGAUAAUGAAGCUGUUUUCUGUACCUCCUUUUGACCAGAACUUGACAGUGUCAGGUGUGAGCCUGAUGGAUGAUACUGCCACUCUGGGGAGUCUGAUGCUGUCUCCUGGGUCUGUUAUAAUGCUUCAGGCCGAUGAGCCAGUGGAGGACCCCAUGGUCCUACAGGACCUCAUCCAAGUGUCGUCAGGCCCCGAGGCUGGCUUCAAAGGGACAGGUCUGUUAGGGCAUUGACGUAGAGCGAACCAGAUUAUCUCCCCUUAGAUAGACACAGACAUUGUUUUGAUUACCGUAGUAUUUAUUUAGUAUGGUAAUGUUUUUAUAUUUAAACCAAACAGAUUAUUAAAAAUAUGGCCAUGAAAUUAAGGCAAUGCCAUAUUAAUGUAUGUAUUAAAGCAGUUUUAUAGAAACAUUGAAUGUUCUAACUCUGCCUUAAAUUGUUUAUGCAUCUUGUGCAACAAUGUUUCAAGUUAGAUUUGAUUGACGAUGUGAUAAAUCGGUCAGUUAUUUCAUGUAAAUAUGUUAUGUUCACCCUUACCAGUAUGUAAAAAAAGGUCGCAUAUUUGUUUGCCCUAGGGGGUACAUGUGAUUUACUCUAUGUGAAAUACAUUUAUAGUGCUAAACCAGCUUUUGCUUAUAGACUAUACAUAUACACAGGUACAUUUUAUUGUGAUGCAUAUUAUUCAAAUUUAUGACAUUUCAAAAAUAAGUGAAUAUAGUUAAAAAUAACAAGAGAUACAGAAUGAUCUUAGUUGAAUACAUUGAAUUAAUUAAAGGGAUCUAUGUCAAAAUUGCUUUUCUGAAUGCAAGUUUCUUUUAGAACUUUUUGAUUCUGGAAUUAAAAGCGAUGAUAAUGAUACACUAUUAAGUUUAGUGUGUUGAGUUUUUAAGAUAUUAAAUAGGAUACCAAAUUGAUUCUCUCAUUUAUUACUAAUUAAUCUCUUGCUGUAAAGAAAGCUCGAUAUCUAAACUUAGUCUAAAAAUAAUUGUUGAUAUUGUUCAGUUUCUAUUUUCUUAAAUAGGGAGGUUAAGGGAUUCUACUAAAGUUUGGUUUUCAGCUCUUAAUUAAGCUGUAAAUACUUUUAAUUUUUGUUUUGACAAAUCUAGUUGAAAACAAUUUUGUUUGGACAAAUCUAGUUGAAAAAGUAAGUAUGUGAUAUUACCUUAUGUAAAUUUGUUGACAGAUAUUGACAGUGUUAUUCAUGAUCACACAACUGAGACAUCAUUGGGACAGACUGUUAUCACCAGUAUAAAAAUACUGUAUUAUGGAAACAUAUUUUAAAGCAUUUAUCUGGUAUCAUACAUGGCUGAGAAUGACCAGAAUAGGUUUUAGCCUGAAGGAUUAAACAUAAGCAUUCAUGAAUAACUGUCAUUGUUAAUGAUACUUGUAAUUACUUGUUGAAGUCUGUUGCUUACUGUUACCAAGUACAUGUACAGUGAAAUCUGUCUAUUCCAACCCAUGGGUAUUUCAACGUCCUGUUAUAUCCAACAUUUUUUUACAUAAAUCAUCAAACUCAGUCUGUGUAUUUUGACAUCAAGUUUAAUAACAAAAAAUAUUUGUUGAAACACACUCAUCGAUCACUUGGUGUGAAAUAGACCAUGCAUUUUACUGGAUAUUAUACAUCUUAUAAAAUCUGGUGUUGUCUGCACCACCUGUGAUGGUAUUGUACAGAGACUAGACAACUGACGGUCACAAGCAUAAUAUUUCCAUGGUUAGUAUGUACUAGUUAUUCAUAUUAUUGAUACAGCUUGCAUGUAAGAAGUAGCUUGCAAUGAAUUUUCUUGGAAGACAAGCUGAUUCUGGUUAAAUUUUUCAAAUUAGAUUUAGAGCCCUUCAUGAUCUGAUAAUUGUGGCCGUGGGCUGUUCAAUUUAUUCGUGACCAGACCUCCGUCUGCUAAGAAUCCUAUUACUUGUUAUCAAUAUUUCUUGAAAAAUACUGGAAGGAUUUUUCACAAACUUCAAUGGUAGGUCUCCCUUAGUGCAGAGUUAUGCAUGAUAAAUUGGGAGACAAAUCAGAAAAUUAAAAUGGUGGACAGGGAGUCACCUUUGAUUUAUUAAGUUUGUUUUCACCGUUUCUACCACAAUACCCGGUGUUAUUCCACUCUCAAGCCAUUGUAUAAAUGUGCCGACUGUUGGAUAUAUAUACCUGUUAUAUUCAUGUAGUAGAAUAUGACCUUUCAGUCUUUUGAUUGGUCAAGAAUUCAAACUUUGACCCAAGCUGCAAUUGCUAUUGACGUCAUCAAUAAUCGAAUGACAUCACAUCACUGAGUCCCGGCCAUCACCUGCAUACCUUAUUUGCAUACGCGAAAGAAGACUUGGCAAUGUUUCCCUUUGAUUCAAGCCGAUAUUAUUGUGGUAGAAACAGGUCGCACGACUCGAAAUUGUUGGAUAU